AUGACAGACGUAACCGCCAAUUUUCGAUCACUCACCCAGAAGCAUCAACAAGCGAACUCUUAUGAUCCGUCCCUACGCAAACGUAAGCGCCAUCCAGGCCUUAUUCUCACUGAAGAUGAGUACAUGAAGGAAGCCAGGAGGAUUUAUGCAUACAUUUCGGAUCUUCGGAACUUUCUUCUCUCUGUUCGCCAGGCAUAUCUAAACAUUCCGACUGCAUCCUCAAGAUCACAUCGUGGAAAUGGCACAUCAGUCUCCGCACUUAGACCCGGCGCCGGGGCAUCUGAGAUCCGACAUCUCACAGACAAGCAGAGAGAUGAGAUUGACCAUGAGGUAAAGAUAAUCUUGACCCAGUCAUUGGAGCAAGUACGACGGCUAGAGGAGGCAGAACAAGUACGAAGGACAGCACUGGAGAACAGACUAGGUUUUGUGUCUCGAUGGCUGCGCGACCCUACAGAAGAGGACGAUAACGGCCUCUUAUCGGCGCACCGGUCUGGCGUGACCUGGUUCCUCAAUCAAAAGUUAGCGGAAGUCAGUGGCAUGCAGAAGGAGCAACAGGAAAUCCGAGUAAUGCGGCAGGUGGAGAAGAGCAAAAGUAUGCUCCAUGCAACACCCGUCUCCACUUCACAGAACCGCAAACCUCUGCGGCCUACAUCUCCCCCAGCUGACGACGCUACUGCAAAAGAGCUCGAGGCUUUCUUGACACCACAACAACUCCAAGCUCUGGAAUCCGAAACAAUGCGAGGCCUGGAGAAAGCAUUGAUGGAGAUUUCCAGUCUACAAAGUGUGUUGGUGCAGCAUUUGGUACAACAAACGGAGUUGACAGAUCAGCUGUAUGAUGAGGCGAUCAUGACGGCAGAGGAAGUGCAGAGGGGAAACAUGCAACUGAAGAAAGCAAGGGAAAGGAAUUCAAGUACAACCAAGUUCAUCUUGGUGUUCCUGAUUAUGGCAAGUCUGAUCCUAUUGUUCUUGGACUGGUACAGCUGA